GUUCACGGACGACCAGCUCCGCCGCGCGUCCGUCGGCGCGGUGCCCAUGCAGACGCGGGGCGCGACCAUCGACCGCCUCGGCGCGGACCAGUCCAAGAGCCCGACCUGGGGCAACCAGCAGGCCGGCGCGGGCGACACGCGCGCGCCGCGGCUCCAGACCGCGGGCGCGUCCAUCGACCGCCUCCCCGUGGACCAGUCCGCGUCCAUCACCUUCCGCGCGUCCCACGCCGCGCCCGGCGACGCGCCCGACGCGCCGGCCCUCCACUGGGGCGCGGCCAUCUCCGCCAUGGAGCCGCCGGCCGCCGGCCGCCCCGACGGCGCCGGCGGCGACGCGGACCUCCCGGCCGCGCCGGGCCCGCCGCCGCCGCCGGCGAAGAAGGAGUCGCCCAAGGACCCGGCGGGCGAGAAGAGCCGCCAGGAGCAGAUCACGUCGCUCCUCAGCAGGCAGAAGGACAACCACUCCGCGGGCGUCGAAGUCAGCCUCGAGGAGCUCGGCGAGAUCCUCGCGCGCCGCUCCAAGGAGAAGUACGCGCCCUGAGGGGGUUCGUGUGUCGUCGUUCACGGCGACGCAGGGCUCGUCGUCGGGCUCCUCGACGCGGUACGCCUCCGGGUCCGCGGAGAAGGACGCGGCCUCGGCGCGGCCGGGCGCGGGGCCGGGGUCCACCUCCAGCGGCGCGAGCUCGAAGAUGUCCUGGGACGUCAGCCCGACGCGCUCCUCCUUCGACGGGAGCGGCUCCUUCACGCGCGCGCCGGCGUAGCCCGCGAAGAAGCAAGCCGAGGCGAACACGAGCACGAUGAGCACCGCGACAACGAUGCCCGUGAUCGAUGCCGUUGCCGCGUCGUCGUCGUCGUCGUCGUCGUCGUCGUCGUCGUCCGUCGGCUUCGCCCAGGUCGGGGCCGCGCUCGGGGCUUUGACGCAGCACCCGCAGGUCUCGCCGUGGCCGCAGAGGUUCUCGAGGAAGACGCCGCGCCGCGCGAGGCAGGUCGACGCGUUGGCGUGGCACUCGCCGCCGCGCCGGCUCUCGCACCGGUCGUCCUGGAGGUCGCUCUGCGACCCGCAGCGCCACGGCUCCGUGGGGAAGGAGGUGACCGGCGCCGACGUCGGCGCCGCCGUCGGCGCGGGCGCGGGCGCGGCGGUCGGGGCGUUGACGCAGCAGCCGCAGCCGUCGCCGCAGCGGUUCUCCUGGUAGUCGCCGCCGUCGCCGACGCAGAGGACCUCGGACGCGUAGCACGCGCCGCCCGCGUCGGCGCACUUGGAAUUUUGGUUCUCGUUCUGCGUUUUGCACGUCCGCAGCUCCAGCGCGGUCGUCGGCGGCCAGGUCUCCGACGUCGGCGCGGCCGUCGGCUCGGACGCGCAGAGCGGCGCCAUCGCGUCGUCGCCGUUCUGCGCGUACCAGUAGGCCGUCGCCUCCGCGGAGACGUACCGCUCCGUGAAGCCCUCCGUCGCGCGCGCGGCGUAGGCGUCCGUGACGCCCGGCGUGCCGCCGGAGCAGCGGUUCGCCUCGCCGACGAGGUCGCUCCACUCGCAGCCCGCGUAGCACUUGAAGGUGAAAGGAUAGUCGGACUCCGCGGGCUUCGGCGAGCUCGGCAGGCUGUAUAAAUCGGACGUCGGACCG